UUAACAUUUCUCAUAUUUAAGUGUACGGAAAUUAACCCCUCAUGUUAUUUACCGUACUCGGAGUAGUUGCUCUCUUCCUGAGAGAAAGAAACAUCAGUUCCACCGUCUCAGGUCAAGAUGAAAGCUUCGACCGUCAAGAAGGACUGGUCACAGAACCCCCUGUGGCCAACAGUGAUGGUCGAGAAAUCGGUGACUGGUGUGAAGAAUCAUCUUUGCAUCUGGGGGAACAGAUCAAUGUUCAGAUUGAGGAACCGUCACUGGAGGAACCUGUUGAUGGUCAGAGUGAAGAACCAUCACUGGUAGAGCCUGUCAGUGUUCACGGUGAAGAACCAUCACUGGUAGAGCCUGUCAGUGUUCACAGUGAAGAACCAUCACUGGUAGAGCCUGACAGCGUUCACGGUGAAGAACCAUCACUGGUAGAGCCUGACAGUGUUCACGGUGAAGAACCAUCACUGGUAGAGCCUGACAGCGUUCACGGUGAAGAACCAUCACUGGUAGAGCCUGUCAGUGUUCACGGUGAAGAACCAUCACUGGUAGAGCCUGUCAGUGUUCACAGUGAAGAACCAUCACUGGUAGAGCCUGUCAGUGUUCACAGUGAAGAACCAUCACUGGUAGAGCCUGUCGAUGGUCACAGUAAGGACAUAGCCAGCUCCUCCAGCAGUGAUGAUGUUUCUCCAAACCUUUUCUACGCUGAGUCCAGCAGUAGUGAUGACUACCCCCAAGAGAUUUAUUCAGCCGGGUCCAACUGUAGUAGUGAGCUCACAGUCAGCUCCUACAGCAGCUUCUUUUCAGCUGAGUCCGGCUGUGGUGAUGACACCUCUACCAAUUUCGAGUCUGCCGAGUCCGGCUGUGGUGAUGACACCUCUACCAAUUUCGAGUCUGCCGAGUCCGGCUGUGGUGAUGACACCUCUACCAAUUUCGAGUCUGCCGAGUCCGGCUGUGGUGAUGACACAUCUACCAAUUUCGAGUCUGCCGAGUCCGGCUGUGGUGAUGACACCUCUACCAAUUUCGAGUCUGCCGAGUCCGGCUGUGGUGAUGACACAUCUACCAAUUUCGAGUCUGCUGAGUCCGGCUGUGGUGAUGACCCCUCUACCAAUUUCGAGUCUGCUGAGUCCGGCUGUGGUGAUGACCCCUCUACCAAUUUCGAGUCUGCCGAGUCCGGCUGUGGUGAUGACCCCCCUCCAAAUGUGGUCUCUACUGAGUCCAGCUGUGGUGAUGACCCCCCUCCAAAUGUGGUCUCUGCCGAGCCUGGCUGUAGUCAUUACAACCCCCCAAAUGUGGUCUCUGCUAAGCCCGGCUGUAAAGAGGAUGUUGCUCAAGGUGCAACCUGUCAGACAGAGGGCGCUGUUCCACCUCAGCCAGAAAAGCUGAAGGAUGAAGACACACACAUCAUUGAGAUCAACUCACAGCACUAUAAAAUUGGUGCUGAGCUGGGCAAAGGAGGCUUUGGAACAGUUUUUGCUGGGACCCGUUUAGAAGAUGGCCUUCAAGUGGCAGUAAAAAUAGUCGAUUCCAAGGCUAUGCGACUCAUCAAAGUUGGUGGGUUUGAAAAACCCCUUCCAUCAGAGAUCGCUCUGCACUAUCUCGCCACUAAAGGCCCCAGGGUUAAACAAAUUGCUGAGCUUCUGGACUGGAAGGUGGAGGCUGAACGUUACAUCAUAGUCGUGGAGCGGCUCAUACCCAGUAUGAACUUACGUGAAUUUUUAAUCGACAACAAAGAAGACACCCCUGAGGACUUGGCACAAGACUUUUCGCCCCUCCCGAGUUUUUAAACACUGGCAGAUACCAUGGGGAGCCAGCGACAGUGUGGUCACUCGGGAUUCUUCAGUUUUUGCUAUUGUUUA